AUGAGCCAUGUGCUUAUGAACGAUAAAAAUAGGACUCGAAGUAAAAGAGCAGACUCUGAAAAUGAUAAUGCAGUUGAAACCUCAAAAUUAAAAGCUCGCUACCGGUACGACCGAUAUUAUGGUAGGAAUGAAGCAAAGGAUGGACCUGGGGAAAGAGGAUCUUCUGUUAUAUUGAAUGUAGAAGAACAGAGGAAAGCUGACGCAUUAUUUGAUAAAGAGGCAUUCAACCUUAUUGCGAGCGAUAAAAUUGCACUCGACCGAACAUUACGUGAUAAUCGUGACCCUGAUUGUAAGAAAAUACCAUAUCCAGAAGACCUUCCCUCUGCAAGUGUGAUCAUAAUAUUUACAAAUGAACGCUGGUCACCUCUCCUCAGGACAGUACAUAGUGUGGUCAACAGAUCACCUCCAGAAUAUCUGCAUGAGGUGGUCCUCUUUGAUGACUUUAGCGAUCAUGAGGAGUUAGGCCCAAAACUAGAAGAGUAUAUCAAAGACACCUGGCCUGAUGGUGUUGUUAAGCUUGUCCGUGCCAAACAGAGAUGUGGGUUGAUCAGGGCCCGUUUAGAGGGCGCCAAGGCUGCUACAGGUGACGUCAUGGUGUUCCUAGAUUCCCACUGUGAAGCUAAUGAAGGCUGGUUGGAGCCUCUGUUAGCAAGAAUCCAUGAGAAACGUGAUGCAGUUUUGUGUCCCAUGAUUGAUGUCAUCGAUUCUCACUCCAUGUCAUACAGUGGAAUUGGGGCGAGUUCUGUGGGUGGCUUUUGGUGGAGUUUGCAUUUCUCUUGGCAUGGUAUCCCCUCACAUGAAGCUGCUAGACGUAAAAAACUCACUGAUCCUAUAAGGUCUCCCACCAUGGCAGGAGGACUGUUUGCUGUUGACAGGAAGUACUUCUUUGAGGUGGGAUCCUAUGAUGAAGGCAUGAACAUGUGGGGUGGGGAGAACUUGGAAAUAUCAUUCAGGGUUUGGAUGUGUGGAGGAUCUCUGGAGUUCAUUCCAUGUUCAAGAGUUGGUCAUAUAUUCAGAGCCAGUCAUCCUUAUGAUAUGGGGAAGGAGGACUGGCAUGGUAUGAACUCUAAACGCCUAGCUGAAGUGUGGAUGGAUGAAUACAAGAGACUUUUCUAUAUGCACAGAAGGGAUUUAAUUGAUAAAGAUGUAGGAGAUAUAUCAGAGAGAAAAAAACUCCGCGAGAAGCUAAACUGUAAGAGUUUCAAGUGGUAUUUAGAAAAUAUUUAUCCAGAAAAAAAUGUUCCUGAUGAACGUGUGCAAGCAUAUGGCAUGGUGAGAAACCCCUCCAGCAACAUGUGCCUGGAUACCCUUGGGAAAGAUGAGAAGAAAGUGAUACCUAUAGGUGUAUACAGCUGCCAAGGGGGUGCAAGUGCCAGUGAGGUGUUUACUCUGAGUUUAGCUGGAGAGCUGCGUCGUGAAGAGACAUGUGCUGAUGCAUCAGCUUCUAAUCCAAAUGUUGUACUGCGAUCCUGCCAUGGGGGUAAAAGCAACCAAUAUUUUAAAUAUGACAAAAUCAGUAAAACUAUAAAACAUGCAAGUGGCUUAUGCCUGGACACAGAAGGACUUAGCAACGGUCAGGGAGUAAAAAUCAAAGAAUGUUCGGGAAAAGACACUCAGAAGUGGGAAUUAGAACACAUUUUAGAGAUAUUGUAAUGUACAAUUUGUAGUACUU